AUGGCUGUAGUGAAAGAGAAUAUGUACCCUAAGAAAAUUCUGCAGUACAUGGAGGGUUACCUGGUGUCGAAGACGCUGUUUGCUGCGUGUGAGUUGGGGGUGUUUGACCUGCUGCAGGACUCACAGCGCCCCCUGGCCACGGCACAGGUUGCGCAGGCUUUGGACAGCAGUGAGGACGGAAUGGACAGACUGCUAUCGGCCUGCGCGGGGCUGGAGCUGCUGACCACACAGCACACCACGGAUGGACAAGUCCUAUACAGUAACACAGAGAUGUCCAGCAUGUUUCUGACCAAGUCCAGUCCGCGGUCUCUGUACCACUCCAUCGACUACAACUCCAACACCAUGUACCUGUGCUGGCAUUACCUCACAAACGCAGUCCGAGAGGGAAAGAACCAGUAUGAGAGGGCAUUUGGAGUGAAUUCCAAGGACCUGUUUGAAGCCGUGUACAGGUCCGACGAGGAAAUGGUGAAGUUCAUGCGGCUGAUGAACUCCAUCUGGAACAUCUGCGGCAGGGAUGUGGUCACGGCCUUCGACCUUUCUCCAUUCAAGAGCAUUUAUGAUCUCGGAGGCUGUAGUGGAGCGCUGGCGAGGCAGUGUGUGCAGAUCUACCCCGACUGCACCGUCACCAUCUUCGACCUCCCGAAGGUCGUGCACAUGAGCCGAGAGCACUUCCUCUCAGACGACCGGAUCAGUUUCCAUGAAGGAGAUUUCUUUAAGGACAGUCUGCCAGAAGCUGACCUCUACAUCCUAGCAAGGAUCCUGCAUGACUGGACAGACGAGAGGAAUGUAGAGCUGCUCACCAAAAUUCACCAAUCCUGCAACCCAGGUGGAGGUGUUUUGCUGGUUGAAGCUCUCCUCUCUGAAGAUAACAGUGGACCCCUGACCACUCAGCUCUACUCCCUCAACAUGCUGGUGCAGACUGAGGGCCGCGAGCGGAAAGGUUCCGAAUACGCCGCCCUGCUGACCAAAGCCGGAUUUACCACAGUCCAUGUCCACAAAACCGGAAAAAUCUACGACUCCAUACUCGCGCUGAAGUAGAGCAGAUCUCAUCAAUUACAGUGACCAGAAACGGUCACCUCUGACCUUGUGACUUCCGUUACAGAGGAGUACAGA